AUGGAGGACAACGCCGAGCUUGAAUCGUUUCGACGCCAGUGGCGAGAGGAAGUUGCACGCCGGACACUACAGAGCAGGCCUCGUACUAUACAACCGAAAUCGUCUGUAUCUUCUGCAGCCAGGCCCGGCCACUUCCCUCCUACUCGACAUGCGGCCUCGGAACGUAAAGAGGAGGAUGACGACCGAGAAGGGCCAAUAGCGUUUGAUCAGGGUGAAAUUGUCCAUGGUGUACCGCGAAGAGAACCUAGAUCCGCCUUAGAACACUUUGAACGAGCGGUAGAGAAAGAGGCGGAGGGCAAUUUGGGAGACAGCUUGCAGCAUUAUCGCAAGGCGUACCGAUUGGAUUCCGCGGUCGACAGGACGUACCGUAACAAGCAUUUUGCUGCUGCUUGGAAGAAAUCCACACAUGGUGCCCCGGAUACGUCAAUAUUGACUGGCGCUCCGGCAAGUGGUCAAGGUUCUCAAGAUGAACCAGUGGUACUACCUACUCCUGAGCUUAUUGCCUCUUUCGCCCAUCUGCCAAUUCCUCAGGCUGAGCCUGAAGUUGAAGAUACACCUCGGCCCCCAUGCCCUAUUGCGAACAUUCCAUCGGAGGUCCUGAUAGGGAUCCUUCAGCAUGUCGCGUUGAUGGACCCUGCAUCGUUUUGUCGGAUGGCUUUGGUCUGCAAGCGCCUGGCAUAUCAUUUCGCCCAUGAACAACACAUCUGGAAACGACUUUGUCAGGGUUCUGAGUUUGGCUUCAAGUCAAUGCAUUACUCAUUUGCUUGUGACAUUCAUGGCAAUCCAGAGUAUACUUUGGGGCAACGCUAUACGCCCUUUCCGUUCUCAGUACCCGUGCAGAUCCCUAAGCCGUUAUCCUCAUGGAGUCAAGUCUUUCAGAUGUUCCCCCGAAUUCGUUUCACUGGUGUAUACAUAAGCACAGUCAACUAUACUCGCCCGGGUGCCGCAUCCUCAUACCAGAAUAUAUCGUGGGACAGCCCCAUACAUAUCGUCACCUAUUAUCGAUACUUACGGUUCCACCCGGAUGGUUCAGUCAUUUCCAUACUUACAACGGUGGAGCCGUUGGAAGUUGUUCCUCACAUCAGUAAGGAGAAUGUGAAAGCUGCACGCGCAACAUCCUCUCAUCGGCAUCAUCAUCAACGUCAGACGUCCGAGCCAGGUAUCACUUUAGCUGGAGCCCCAGAACCGAUACCCCCAGUCGCCAUGUCCGCUUUGAAGGAAGCUCGUCGAGGACGCUGGCGUCUGAUUAAGCCCCUUGCCGCAUCUGAAUCUGAAGACGACAACCGUAUACCGUCGAUUUCAGACUGCCCGCCCUUCCCAGUCAAGACAUUAGACACCCCUGUCCUGGAUCCCAGAGAUGUCGUCAUUGAAACUGAAGGUGUGGGUUCGAAAUACACCUACACAAUGCAUCUGUCUCUCCGGUCGUCCGCUGCAGGGUCGAAGCCUGCCAACUCCACAGCCACACCGGCCAACACGUCAAAAAAUACGAAGCUUGUGUGGAAGGGAUUCUGGAGCCACAACAAGCUGACCGACGACUGGGCUGAGUUUGGGCUCCGCAAUGAUCGAGCAUUUGUGUUCCGAAGGGUUCGAGGUUGGGAUAUGUGA